AUGGGAGAUCCUGUAUGGGCCAUCAGUUCUGACACAGUCAACUCUCUUGUUGGUCUUUCUCUCAAUUUCUUUUUCAUCUUGCCUUUCACGAAUGUUGUUGGCAUUCGUCUGAUCGAUGCCCCAGUUCUUCAUCCUAUGUCAGAAGGACUAUUCAACUUUGUGAUUGGCUGGACAUUCAUGUUUGCCCCAUUGCUAUUCACAGAUCAAAAGAGAGACAGAUACAAGGGGUCUCUUGAUGUACUCUGGGGCUUGCAAAUGUUCCUCACAAAUACAUUUUUGAUCCCAUACAUGGCAAUCCGAAUGAAUAAUGCUGAUGAUGACAGUGCUCCAAUCAAAAGUUCAAAAUUGAGCUCUGUUAUGACAAAUGGUGCUCCAUUUGUUGGACUGAUUGGCGGUGGUGUUUGUCUUGUAUCUAUAAUUUGGGCUCUGUUUGGUCGAAUGGAUGCCAAUUUUGGUGGCAUAGUAUACAGAUGGGAGUACUUGGUUGAUUAUCUUGGAUCAGAAAGGCUAGCUUAUGCCUUCAUAUGGGAUAUAUGUCUUUACACGAUUUUCCAACCUUGGUUGAUUGGUGACAACCUACAUAAUGUUCAGCAAAAUAAGGUUGCGGUAGUGAAGUAUCUUAGAUAUGUACCCGUUGUUGGCUUAAUGGCCUAUCUUUUUUGCUUGGAGCAUAAAGAGGUAUAA